GCGGCGCAUGGAACGCCCAAUAUACCUAAUUCUCACAAUUUGGAGCACCGCGGCCCGGUGUGCGCCCGCGCCCGCCCAUCGUUAUGGCUCAAAGUGCGUUAUUUAUUUAUUUUUAUCAACAACCUGAUCUUCCGCGCGUCUCACCUUAGUAUCAAUAUAGACAGCGGUUUGAAGACACGACCACUUUACCGCGAUUGACAAAACGGUCAAUGCAUUUAACAUUUUGCGAUCUCACGUACCACAUGGAUUUCGGUUGCUACGACAAGGAUUCGGGGGAAGUGGAGUGCUACCUCGAAAUACGUAAAUACAUUUUCACUAAACGCUAUCAACGGUGAUUUAUAGCUUUCUUAUUGUUGUGGAACAUCGCAUUGUAAUUGAUAUUUUUAGUUGGAAUCAGUGUAGUUUUUGGGUCGUGUAAACAGCUGGACUCUUCUGACAGUAAGUUAGACUGUAUGUCAGCGCAGUCCGCGAUUGUUAGCCGAGUAAUACGCUGUUAUUGCGAAUUUAUUGCUCCUCCCUCCGAUAUAACAAUAACAUAAUAACACAGUAAGGUACGGCGGGCUCUCAAAAUGCGCACGGAGCUAAGAACGAUAAGCACUAGGCGUGACAACGUGCCCAGUCAUUGCGAUACGGGUACUUCUUGCGCUAUCACGAUACAAAUGCCGAAUCCAGAGGCGGUGGGAUGUAUAGAGCGAUUUGCAACAUUCCUAUCGUUCCUGCUCGUGAUCAUCACCUUUCCAUUUUCGCUCUUCGAAUGUUUCAAGGUCGUACAAGAAUUUGAACGAGCCGUCAUAUUCCGUCUCGGUCGAGUAAGGAAGGGAGGUGCGAGAGGCCCAGGGUUAUUCUUCGUACUUCCCUGCAUCGAUACAUAUAGAAAAGUGGACUUGCGAACUGUCUCCUUUGACGUCCCUCCUCAAGAGGUGUUAACGAGAGAUUCAGUGACAGUCGCCGUGGAUGCUGUGGUCUACUACCGCAUCAAGGAACCUUUGAAUGCUGUAGUCCGUGUUGCAGAUUACAGUGCAUCAACGCGUCUUCUAGCAGCAACAACGCUGCGAAAUGUUCUGGGCAUGCGCGAUUUGGCACAGCUGCUGUCGGACAGAGAAGCGAUAAGUCACAUGAUGCAAGCCAGCCUCGAUGAAGCGACUGAACCUUGGGGAGUUGAAGUGGAGAGGGUCGAAAUAAAGGACGUGAGGCUGCCCGUGCAGCUGCAAAGGGCGAUGGCUGCAGAAGCAGAAGCUGAUCGAGAAGCCAGAGCCAAGAUUAUUGCGGCAGAGGGAGAAAUUAAAGCGUCUAAAGCUUUAAAGGAGGCCUCCCUUGUUAUGAUAGACAACCCUAUGGCAUUACAGUUGCGGUACCUCCAGUCGCUUAGCUCGAUAUCGGCUGAAAAGAACUCCACAAUCAUCUUUCCGUUCCCAAUGGACUUCCUAAAAACAUUCAUGGGUGGACCCGGCCCGAGCUCUCAGCACCAAGUCAACUUAUAAAUACAGAUUCAAAUGACGCCAAUUAUAUUAAUUCUAGUCAAAAAAAUAAUUUUAAUUAAAUUGUUGAAAAUUUUA